AUGUGCAGGCGUCCCUCCAGUUCUGACCAGGAGCUGAACACCAGUUUUCCCUCAUACAGAGCACCCCAACCAGGGUUAGAGGCAUCUGUCAUGACCACCUUCCGUCUGGAGGAUUUGGACAUCAAUCCUGUGGUGAGGGACAUCAUGAUGAAUCGAACCUUCACCAUCAUCAGUCUUCACUUUGCCGACUUCCUGAGCCACGACUGGGUUUCCUGGUUCACGGUGAAACUGGUUCCUCUCCUCCCCAGCUUGACUGCAGAGAUGCUCCAGACAGUAACAUCAAACACAGACUGCAACGCAUACCAUGCCAUCGUUGGUCGUCUGAACAGCGUCUUUGACCAGAUGACUUCGCUGAGACAGCAGGAGCUCACCCCAGUCAUGUUGGGCUACCUGAAGCAGAGUCACCCGUGGAGCUCAACCUGUGGGUCCGGCACCGGCAGCCUCAGCGCCUGGCUUGAGGAGAGCUUUGGCAAAUUCUCCAUCUAUGUGGAUUACCAAGACCUGCGUGACCUCAACUCAGGCUUUGACAGCUUUGAGUCUUUGGACCUUCUGAGCACUUCUCAAGUUGCUCAGCUGACACUACACUCUGGAGCGCUGAACAACGCAAACCUGAUAGAAAUGGUCUUUGAUCGUCUAGAGGGCGGCAACUCUUUCCAGGAUAUUGAAGAGUUCUUCGAGGCUCUCACCCGGACCUCACAGGAUUUGGACAUCAAUCCUGUGGUGAGGGACAUCAUGAUGAAUCGAACCUUCACCAUCAUCAGUCUUCACUUUGCCGAAUUCCUGAGCCACGACUGGGUUUCCUGGUUCACGGUGAAACUGGUUCCUCUCCUCCCCAGCUUGACUGCAGAGAUGCUCCAGACAGUAACAUCAAACACAGACUGCAACGCAUACCAUGUCAUGUACGUAGCGCUCCCCAAAUGCCAGACAGCACUGUAA